GCCUUAAAAUAUUCGAAAAGAGAACUAGAGAAGCACCCCAUCUCGUUGUGAUUUGAUUUCCUGGGUCCAUUUCUGACCAUAAGUCAAAACCAGUCCAACGAGAAGAGCAAAACUUGCAGUAUUAGGCUCUUGAAUGCAAUUACAAGAUCGAGCAUUAGUUUCAAUUCCCCUGGACUAAUUGAUGGCUUCUUCUUCUACAAAAUCCGGCGGUCCCUGGAAGUAUGAUGUGUUCCUCAGUUUUAGAGGAGAAGACACCCGCAAGAUCUUCGUCGGCCAUCUUUACAGAGCUCUGCAACAGAAAGCAAUCAACGCCUUCAUCGAUUCUGAAGGGCUCAGUAAAGGCAACAAGAUUUCAGAGCUACUCACAUACAUUGAGGACUCGAGGCUUUCGGUUGUAGUUUUAUCUCAAAACUAUGCAUCUUCCACUUGGUGCUUAAAAGAGCUCGUCAAAAUCCUGGAUUGCAUGGAUACGAUGAAGCAGAUAGUGGUGCCUAUCUUCUACGAAGUAGAUCCCUCUGAUCUACGAAAAAUCAAUGGAAAAUUUGCAGAAGCUUUUGCCAAACAUGCUGAAAAUCCUAGCCUCGACAAGGAAGAGUUGGAAAGCUGGAGGUCCGCUCUAACUAGAGUUGCGGAUCUAUCUGGCUGGGAUUCGACCAAAUAUGGGGAUGAUGGCAAGCUUAUUGAGGAAAUUGUUGACAAUACUCGGAAAGAACUGAUCAACACAUCGUCGAGUAAAGCCAAUGGCUUGGUUGGAAUGGAUUCCCACAUUGCAGAAAUGAAUUCAAGAUUAUGUCUUCAGGUGAAUGAUGUUCGGGUUGUUGGAAUAUGGGGUAUGGGUGGUUUAGGAAAAACAACCAUUGCUAGAGCUGUUUACGACGAAAUUGCUUGCCAAUUCGAACACUCUUGCUUUCUUGAUAAUGUCAAGGAAGCUUUUAUAAGUAAGCGUGAAGUACAAAUGCAGGUUGAUCUUAUAUUCAGAUUGUUGAAGGAAAAGGUGCAGAGUGUAGAUUUGGACAGAGGUCGGAAGAUGAUAAUGGAAAGGCUAGGUAUGAAAAAAGUCAUAGUUGUUCUUGAUGAUGUGGAAACUUUUGCCCAAAUUGAAGCCUUGCUUGGAAAACUACAUGCAUUUGGUGAGGGAAGUAGAGUCAUUGUAACAACUAGAAAUAAGCAAUCGCUAAGUGGAGUUAAUGAGACAUAUAAGCCCACUUAUCUAAGUGAUGUUGAAGCUCUUGAGCUAUUUACGAAAUAUGCCUUCAGAACAAAUCAACCCAAUGGAGACUACGAUCAUCUCUCAAGGCGUGCCAUAGAAUAUGCUCAAGGUUUGCCUUUAGCACUUAAAGUCUUGGGGGCAUUUCUUGAUGACAAAGAUGUAUGUGAAUGGGAAGCCGUGCUAGAGAAAUUGAAGAAAAUCCCACAUAUAGAAAUUCAGGAUGUGCUUAGAACAAGCUUUGAUGGACUAGACCAUACAGAGAAAGAAAUAUUUCUAGAUAUUGCAUGUCUCUUUAGGAAAUGGAACAAAGAUUUUGUCACAGAAUUUCUAGAUAGUUGUGGCUUCUUUCCCCGCAAUGGAUUAAGGGUUCUAGCUGACAGAGCACUCAUAAAUAUAUCAAAAGACGAUGACCUCACCAUGCACGAUUUACUACAAGAAAUGGGUAGAGAAAUUGUCCGCCUAGAAUCUCCAAAAGAACCUGGAAAAUGCAGUAGGUUGUGGAGUUAUGAUGAUGUUAGUCGUGUAUUGACUCAAAAUACGGCGACGGAUGCAGUUGAAUGCUUAAUCCUAGACUUGUCGAACUCAAAAGGCGACCUAUGCAUACAUACUGGAGCAUUUGUUGGAAUGACGAAGCUAAGACUACUCAUAAUUUAUUAUUCAUUCUUCAAUAUAUGUGAUUCCUUCGACUAUGACUAUGACAAUGACUAUGACUGUGACGAAGGCUAUUUUGAAUACGUUAAAAGCAGUGAGGAUUUUGGGAAGGAUGUUUGUUGGAAAGAGGAUUUUUGUCCCGUUGAUGGUUGUAAACAACUCUGGAGGGGGGACUUGGAGUGUCUUUCUCAUGAAUUGAGGUUUCUCUUAUGGCAUGGAUGCCCGCUAAAGUCUUUGCCAUCAACCUUUAUCCCGAAGAAUCUUGUUAGACUUGACAUGCGUGGUAGUCACAUUAAACAACUUUGGGAAGGAAUCCAGCCCCUGCAAAAUUUGAAAAUCAUCAAGUUAAGUCACUGUCAAUACCUUGUUGAAAUCCCUGACUUAAUUGAGGCGAUAAAUCUGCAGAAACUAUUUCUUGAUGGCUGUUCAAGUUUAUUUGAGGUUCAUUCAUCCAUUUCUGCUCUUCAAAACCUUCAUUUCUUGGAUCUAAAGGGGUGCAAGCAACUUAAGAUUCUGCCAAGCUGCAUUCAUAUGAAAUCUCUACAGAUCCUUCGUCUUUCUGGCUGUUCAAAUCUCGAAAAGUUUCCAGAGAUUUCAGAGGUUAUGAUGAAGCUAAAAUGGCUUUAUUUAGAUGGGACUGCAAUUAAAGAACUGCCCACAUCUAUUAACAAUCUCACUGGAAUUGUUACUUUAGAUCUCACAGGUUGCACAGAACUUAAGACUCUAUCAACCAGCUUUCAUAUGAGUUCUCUUCAGAGCCUCAACCUCGAUGGCUGCUCAAAUCUUGAAAAGUUUCCGGAGAUUUCAGGAAUCAUGAAGGAGCUACCAGAGCUUUGUUUAGAUGGGACGGCAAUAAAAGGACUGCCCUCAUCAAUUGAUCAGCUUGAGGGGCUUAAACACUUAAGUAUGCGGGACUGUGAAAGCCUUGAAUUUCUUCCCUACAGUAUCUGUAAUUUGGCAGACCUUAAACAUCUGGAUCUCACAGGUUGCACAGAACUUAAGACUCUACCAACCAGCAUUCAUAUGCGUUCUCUUCAGACCCUUAACCUCGAUGGCUGCUCAAAUCUUGAAAAGUUUCCGGAGAUUUCAGGAAUCAUGAAGGAGCUACCAGAGCUUUGUUUAGAUGGGACGGCAAUAAAAGGACUGCCCUCAUCAAUUGAUCAGCUUGAGGGGCUUAAACACUUAAGUAUGCGGGACUGUGAAAGCCUUGAAUUUCUUCCCUACAGUAUCUGUAAUUUGGCAGACCUUAAACAUCUGGAUCUCACAGGUUGCUCAGAACUUAAGACUCUACCAACCAGCAUUCAUAUGCGUUCUCUUCAGACCCUUAACCUCGAUGGCUGCUCAAAUCUUGAAAAGUUUCCGGAGAUUUCAGGAAUCAUGAAGGAGCUAGUAGUGCUUGGUUUAGAUGAGACCGCAAUUAAAGGAUUACCCUCAUCAAUUGAUCUGCUUGUGGGGCUUAAACACUUAACUAUGCGGAAUUGCAAAAGCCUUGUCUCUCUUCCCGACAGUAUCUGUAAUUUGGCAGACCUUACACUUCUCCAUCUGUCUGGGUGCUCAGCACUUCAUAACUUGCCUGAGAAAUUGGGAGACUUAGAAUCCUUAGAGGACCUGGACGUAGAUGAUAGUGGUGUAAAACAACUUCCAUUCUCUAUCCUUCGUGUGCGUUUCGUAUUAUCAUGUAUUGGGUGUAAAGAGAUGACGGCACCCUUUUCAGCAUGGCCAUCAUCAGUGGAAGAAUAUUGUAGUUACUCUGUUCUGCUACAUCUUGAUUUAAGUGACUGCAAUCUGUUGGAGUUAUCAGAUGGUAUUGCUCAUUUAUCUUCAUUGGUAACAUUAAAGCUGUGCAGAAACAAUUUGGAGAGCUUACCUGUGACAAUGAAUCAACUUGGUUGGUUAACACAUCUUGAAUUGGAAGCUUGCAAGAGGCUGAAAUCAAUACCAGAGCUUUCAUCGAGUAUAAAUUACAUAGAUGCGCAUGAUUGCACAGCUUUGGAAACAGUUUCAACACCAAAAACUAGAAAUCUUGACUUCAGAUUUUCUAAUUGCUUCCGGCUGGUACAAGCAAAUUUGUUUAGAGAUAUUGUUGAAACUCAUUCUCUCGACCAGGAUAAUCAUCUGCGACCUCUGUGCUUCAAUAUGUGUCUUCCUGGAAGUGAAGUUCCAGAAUGGUUCAACCUUCGGGAUACGGGGUGUUCAGUAACUUUCCAUGUUCCACUGAAUAGUUUCAAUAACAAGCUUUUAGGAUUUGCUAUAUGCAUUGUUAUUAACUUCAGUGGUGCUCGUCAUGAUGUAUCUAAAAUGUAUGGAAGAUGUAAUUGGACCUCAAAAGGAAAUUGGGGUGAGCAAUACUUCUUCCAAUUAGAUUUGGUUGGCCAGCAGUACAGAACUCACAGAUUUCUAGAGUCAGAUCACCUGUUCAUGGGAUAUAUGUCAUGGUCUGAAUAUGGCUGGAUUGCAAAACAUAGAUUAGAUGCAUUUACGAUUGGGGUAGAAACUGGAACAUAUUUUCCAACACACGGUUGCUUUACUAGUAGCUGCGGUGUUCGUUUAGUUUAUGCUAAUCACGAGGAGAUGGGAAAUAGCGUGACACAGCCCUUAAUUCCUGUGGAUAGCCGGGAAGGGGGAGUGGACGGCCAGAGAAUGGAGGAUGCGGUGCAGCAGGGGGAGGAUUCCUGUGCUAAAGGAGGGGUGUCAGGGCUUGGAGCACCGUUUUUUCCGAACCAGUUGGAAAUAAGAGAGAGUGAAACAGAGUGGGAGGCAGAGUCAUCAGAGUCGGGUGAAGGGAGAGGCAGGUAUCAAACAUUGGAGAUGUUACUAGAGCCACAGAUGGAGAGUAAAAAAGAGGAGAUAAUGGUGGUGGUGAAGCAGGGGGAGGGGUGCCAGGUGUUAGGGUCGGCAUUCUCUUUGAGAAAGAGAGAAACAGAAAGAGAAGGAGACAGAGUCACCAGAGUCUCUGAUGAUGGGGAGAUAUCGGAGUUGGGCAGCCACUGUGGUCUGGUGGUGCCAAAUUCACAGAGUGAGGGCAAAGAAGAGAAAGAAUUGAUUGGGGACGAGUCGUUGGCUGGAAGAGGGUUGUUAGGGCCACUAUGCAGCUGCUUUUACUGGCUGGGUGAAGUAUGGCGUGGAAAGAGAGAAGUAGCAGAAGCAGAGGAGUUUGGCUUGCAUGAAAGGAAAAAAGAAUAGUUGAAGAGGUGACCGUAGUGAUCCAAGGGGAAGAUGUAUGAGUUUGGAUCAUCUGGAAUGGUACAUUAAGGGGAGGAAAGUACGCCUCAGUGAUUGCACUCCCUCUUCAAAAGAAUGCUCGUUGUACCACUAACAUUGAAGCUGUAGACACCAGGAUAAGAGGAAAGCAGGAAAGGAAGAGGGAGUCUGGCAACGUAUCAAUGGUGGAAUGUUAUCAAAGGUGAGUUGCCCAGCUGGCUGGCUCUCUGAAAGCUCAGGAUGUUGUGUUCAUCAAAUCUUAAUAGACCACCCCAACACUUGCAACGGUCUAGGUCCAUCUCUUCACCAAAAUACAUUAGCCUACACAAACUCCAAUCCAUACAUUUACCAUCGUCAGCUCUUACAAACCUUACCGAUUCAAAUGUCAGUCAUCGGAAUCCGGGACAUAUAUAGGUCAGAUCGUAAGUGCGGCAGAAUGGUUGAUGAUGAUGUAGUAAUCCACUGUACGCACCAAAGUCUCCAUUUGUUGUGAUCCAAGGUUAGUUUCUGAGUAUGUAACAACUAAAAAGCUUACGCAUUUCUGUGCUGUCUUUGAUGCUCAUGGAGACCUUCAUGUAAUUAUACUUCUUACUCAUCUUUUAUUUUUCACAACUCAGAAUUGAAGUCACCAACCCUGAAAAGAGAAAUUCCAAUUCAUCUGCACGAAUUCCUUGAUA